ACGUAUGUGUUUUUACAUUUUUCUGUGUCUUUGGUAUGAUGUUUUUUUAAACAGUGAUGCAUGUAUCUGAAUGUAUUAUAAAAGUUAUUUGUAUUCUGUAAUGGAUGAAAAGCGCUCUUGUGUACCUGUUGACAAAGGAUGGGCAUGGGUUGUUCUAGCAGGAUGUGUACUAGAGAUAACAAUUUACGGGGGUAUUAUGAGAUCCUUUGGAAUUUUCUUCAUACAAUUCCAGUUGCGUUUUAACUCGAGCACUUACGAGACAGCGGUCAUGGGGCUUGUACAAAAUGCUACACUGAGCAUCUUUUCUGUUUUCGUCAUGACUAUAGGUCUUCAGAAAUUUAGCAGCCGCGUGUCUGUUUUUGCUGGAGGUGUUUUUACAGUUGCCGGAUUUCUGCUAACAGCGUUCACAGCUGACAUUUCAGUGUUUUAUUUUGGACAAGGUUUCUUAUGUGGUCUGGGCAUGUCCUUGAUUCACGCACCGGAACUGGCUAUCAUCGGUGCUUAUUUCAACAAACAUAAAGCAGUGGCCAACGGUAUAUUUACGGGCGGGGCUGAGAUUGGCGGGCUUAUAUUCGCUCCAGUUAUAGUGAAAUUAUUUGAUAAAUAUCAAUAUACAGGUGCAAUGUUGAUUGUAUCAGGGCUACUAAUGCAUAUAUGCGUUGGAGCCUUGUUAAUGAGACCGCCAGAAUUUUAUAUGCAAAAGAAAACUGCUGUUGAAAGUGUAUUAGAAGAAAAACGAAAUUCAAACAUACCGUGCAAUGACAUCAUAGACGCAGGUGCAAAUACUAUUUAUAAGAGUGAUAAGUCAAAGGAGGAAAAGGCCAAGUUAUACAAAUCUCUAGAAGUUGUUACAUCGGAGGCGAGAGGCUCUAAUACUUCGCUUGUUAUCGGAAAUACCCAGAAUGAGCCUUUGUUAAACAGAGUCCGUGCCCAUUCUGUAGGAAGCAAAAUACCUAGGAGAGUCCCUAAGCUAGACAGUACCUCGCGGAGUGAAUUACACGAUGAGCCAGGUAGAUUACGUGCGCUGAUGAAUGCUAUUUCAAAGUCUCAAGUAGCAUUAUUUGCAAGUUCUGAAGGUUUAUAUGUUCCUGCUAUUGAUUAUAGCACUUCUCCACGAAAACCUUACAGCACAGAUGAUGAACAAAAUGAUAACGGCGAAAAGAAGUCGGGAUAUUUGUCUUCUGUUAAAUCUGGAUUAGCUUCCCUUCUAAGCAGUAUUUUCGAUUUGCAUUUAAUGCGAAACCCAUUGUUCCUGUGCUUCUUACUUUUGAUAUUUACCUUUAUGACAUGUCACACCAUUGUUCCAAAUUUCAUACCUACACAUGCCAAAGAGGUCGGAAUAACUAAUGAAAAUAUUGGUAUUCAAAUCGCAGUAUUAGCAGCGGUCAGUUUGUUUGCGAGGAUAUUUGUUGGAAUUACUGUAGACAGAAAAUGGAUGAAUUGGUCUACUAUGCUUGCGCUUAUGGCAUUUAUUACCGGAACUGCCUGUCAUCUGCUGAGAUUUGUCAAUAAUUUUCCCGCUAUUUUGAUCUUCGUAGUGGUAGUCGGAUUUUGUUCAGGACAGUUCCACUCGUUGCAUCCUGUGAUACUUCUAGAAGUAAUGGGUCCCGAAAAAUUCAAGAGUUCUUUAGGAUUUGGAACACUGGUGUCUGGAGCAUCGUCUGCUAUAUUCUUUCCAGUAACUGGGAUAAUCCGUGAUGUUUCUGGUUCUUACAUCGCACCAUAUCACCUGCUUGGUGGACUGGCAUAUUUCUCAGGUGUUCUUGUGUUGUUGAUCCCGAAAAUAAAGACUUGGCAAGAGGCAGAAAAACGGCACGAUGCAAUCUAAAAUAUACACUGGGAGCUCUGAAUGUUUUGAAGAUUAUUCAGUAUUGGGGUGCAUAUUUAGAAAACAGAGACGAUUAAUAAAUUCAGUUUUCAUCUGGUGUUUUGAUAUAUCACUGGUCUGCUAUUUUACAAGGGGUCAUGCAGAAAGUUUGCUGUUUUGAAACACUUAAACAAUCACAGCUGUUGUUGAUUUGUACAUGUCAAAUCAAGGUCAUACGUGCAUUCGCUCCGUCACCCUUACGGCGAAACUAUGGUGACCCUGGUUGAAAACCGAACAAAACAAUAUUGUUUGACCUAAUGAAACGCUUCAUUAUAUCAAAUGGUUCUGUUAUGUUAUCGUGAAUAGGAAGGAACACUCGCUUUGCAUAAUACGGGUGUAACUCAUCAUUCACCGUGUCUGUACGGUUCAUGUUAACAGUUAACAAGUGGUUUAGUUAUGUUGUCGUGUAUGAGGAGGAUCGCACAUAUUUUUGGUUCAUGCUUUGCUUUGUUUUUGCGAGUUUGCCUUGCUUCAGUCCACUUCCGUGUUCGUUUCCAUUUUGAUAUUAAGAAUCAUUCAGGGAAAAAAAGAUUAUUGAUUAAAAAUCGAACUAAGGGUUUUUACUUACUUCUUUAUGCACAAUUUACUGCAUUUCUGUUUUAAAAUGAAAGACUUGAAGGAAUAGAAUUCAGUUAGUUAUUAACACAAAUAUUGAAAAAUCAACUUCAUAUGUAAAGAAGUUCCGAUUGAUACGGUGAUUGAGCUGAUUACUGUUACUUUCAAAAGUACGAAAGACAACUCUUCUUUACAGACUUACAUGUAUUUCAUAACAAAAUGACACGUUGAUAUGUAUUUAAGCAGUGUAAUAUAUUGUUCUGUUUACUUGAAUUUUUGCAUAGAACAGUAAUCUUUGAGGAGCAUUAAGAUGUAUUUUUAUUAGAAAUUUUAUACACUAAAUUUGUAUUAAUUUCAAUUCCAUUCCAUCAAAAAUGAUUAAUGAGCCAGUUCCAAGAGAUCAGUUGUGAGAUAUUAAUCAGAACGGUCGUAAAUAAGGACUAAUUAAACCUUGGAUUAAAUUUAGUGUUAAUACUUUUUAACGGUGACAAAUUUCAUUUUAUAACGUUGCAAAAAAUGAGAAUUCACUUAUCUUUGUCAAAGUGUAUAUUGAUUUAAAGACAUAAAAUAAAGAAAAAAGUAAUUGGAAAUAUUAAUACAACUAAUAACUUUUAGAUUGAUAUUGAUGUCAGUGUUAGAACUGGAAAAAACUUUCGAGAAAGUAUUAAAAGUAUGUUCUAUCUUUAGGAACGUAAAAGUGUUGACUUCUUGCGGAACUAUGAAUUUUAUCCUUUAAAUUAAUUGGCAAGUAUACCUGAUACAGUUUAAUGUAUCUAGAAAAAAAAAGGUACACGUUGUAAAAAUACGUGUAUGUGAUCAUUCAAACGAUUCUUGG